UCCGUGCGCUUUUUGUGCCACGUAAAUUUAUGUUUCCCUCUUACCGUGAUCUGUUUUAUAUGGCUACAGCCGUAGCAGGUUAUGAUAAAUUGUACUUUGUACGACUCAUUGGACAGGCGCAUUUUAGGCCACUAAAACACAGCCAAUGACGAACAGUGGCUGAAGAUCAAAGUUCUGCUCACUGCACAAGGAUCCGUGGAAUGCUCCAACCUGUGAUCCUGACUGAUUGAGCCAGAACCAGUCAAGUGUUAUGCACCUCCACUGCAGCUUGUCACUCGCACCAGUGGACUCUCAGUGACACCUUCAAGUGGGUAAUCCCUUCAAUGAGGGGAGCAGCGAGCAGUAGCGAGCAGCAGCGGUGGCCGCGCCUGGGAAUCAUUUGGUGAUUUAACCCCCAAUUCCAACCCAUAAUCCUCCAUGGACGUGUCAGCAUGAUAUUACGCCUGCUGCUUCGCCCCCCUCCUCUUCGUGGCAUCGCUGCGUCACUUCGGUACGUCUGCACGAAAGGCCCUGCUUUCAAGCCCGCCAUCGCUCAAGAGUCCGUGGAGGUGUUAGGCCACGCCUACCCCUGCGAUGACUUCACCAACGUCACCCCCAAGAUCCUGGCCAAAGUGGGCCGCGACCUCCACAACCUCGCCCAUCAUCCCCUCUGGCUCGUCAAGGAGAGGAUCAAGGCUCACUUCUACAGUGCCUACAUCGGUCGCUGGGGCAACCCGUUGUUCUCCGUCCAUGACAACCUGAGCCCCGUGGUUACCGUGGAGCAGAACUUUGACAGCUUGCUGAUUCCGCCCGACCACCCCAGCAGGAAGCGUGGAGAUAACUAUUAUCUGAACAGGGCCACCAUGCUACGCGCUCACACCUCCGCCCACCAGAGGGAGCUGGUGAGGUCCGGUCUGGACGCCUUCCUAUUGGCUGGAGACGUUUACCGACGGGACGAGAUCGACGCAAGUCACUACCCCGUCUUCCACCAGAUGGAAGGCGUGCGACUCUUCUCCGACCACGAGCUCUUCUCCAAGGUUCAGAAUGGCAAAGACCUCCAGAUGUUUGAGGUCGCCGGCCGCAGGACGCCACAGAAACAGGAAACGCACACCCUGGAGGCCGUCAAGCUGGUGGAGUUCGACCUGAAGCGCACGCUGACGCGACUCGUCACCCACCUGUUUGGAAAAGAUGUGGAGGUGCGCUGGGUGGACUGUUACUUCCCCUUCACUCAUCCUUCCUUUGAGAUGGAAGUGCGUUUCCAGGGCGACUGGAUGGAGGUGCUGGGCUGUGGAGUCAUGGAGCAGCAGCUGCUCAACUCUGGUGAGAACACACACACACACACAUUCUUAUCAGACAGCUUCAAAGAGGCUUUAGCAAGCCUCAUUAUGUGUGUCUGUUACUUUAAUGCUAGUUAGCAGUGUUUGUCAGCA